CUUGACCGACGUGUGGCAAGACAUCACGAUGAGCAGCGCCGAGGACAAGCCGCAGGCGACGACAGCCGCGCGCUUCGAGCCAACGCUGACGCUCGAGGGUCUUCGCGGGAGGAUUGCCGCGUUUGCCGACGAGCGCGACUGGAACAAGCACCACACGCCCCGCAACCUGCUCUUGGCCAUGACGGGCGAAGUCGGUGAGCUCUGCGAGUGCUUCCAGUGGCGCGGUGACGAUGGCCAACACCCGGAUACGUGGACGGCCGCGGACCGCGAACACUUGGGUGAAGAGCUCAGCGACGUCUUGAUCUACCUCAUUCGCCUCGCCGACCGGUGCAACGUCGACUUGCCAGCGGCUGCCCUCGACAAGAUCAAGAAGAACGCCAUCAAGUACCCUGCGGCGCAGGUCCAAGGCUCAGCGCUCAAGUACACGGCGUACGCGACCGACGCGCCUCGUAGCAACGCAGACAACUAAGACCUCGUAACGAUACAGAGAGGCAGCUAGGUUAGUGGUGGUAUGUACAGACUACGAUUGGGCAUCGACGCCGCCGCGCUGGACGUAGCGACGGAGCAGUGCGCAGCGCUUGGUCGUGUCGACGCUCUCGCUCUUGAGCGGCACUUGGUACGCCGUGUUGCCGCGAAUCGGCUCGAC